UGCGCUAUGCGCACAAAUGCGAUGUGUAAUUUUUGACAGGUCGGCACUCGUCUAUCGAAUACACUAUCGAUAUAAAGAAACAGUCAACGUUUUAUAUAUUUCGGGCCACAAAUCCGUAACACUAUGAAUAUUUAAUUGUGAAAAAAAAAAUUGUUUUAAUUUUAAGAAAUCACAUUAAAAUCGCAUUAAUUUUAAUUAUUGAAACAACCAUUUCAAUUCGUGUUUGUGUGACCGUAACAUUUUCACUUAGAACAAACGUUUACAAGUGAAUCGGAACCAAAAUGAAAUUUCAUUCUAGUUUUUUAGUUAGUUUAUUACUUGUGAUUUCACAAAACGUCUGCCAAGCGGAAGAUGAUUAUUAUGAAAUUUUGGGCAUAGAACGAUCGGCAACUUCGUAUGAAAUUAAAAAAGCAUACCGAAGGAAGGCGCUGAAGGAGCAUCCAGACACGAAUCGCGAUGAUCCCGAUGCCACUGAGCGAUUCCAACGCGUGAAUAAGGCGUAUGAAGUGUUAUCGGAUGAUGAUAAGCGAAAAGCAUAUGAUCGAUGUGGCGUAAAAUGUGUUGAACGUGAAGGAUCUAUGGAUCAUACCGAUCCAUUUGCCAGUUUCUUUGGCGACUUUGGCUUUUCAUUCGGCGGCGAGGAUCGUGGACCACGCGAUACACCAAAAGGUGGCACUAUUACUAUGGAUCUCUUUGUAACGCUUGAAGAACUAUAUUCCGGCAAUUUUAUUGAGAUAACGAGAAACAAGCCAGUUAUGAAACCAGCUUCCGGCACUCGCAAGUGCAAUUGUCGUCAGGAAAUGGUGACACGUAAUCUUGGACCAGGCCGGUUCCAAAUGAUUCAACAAACUGUUUGUGACGAAUGCCCAAACGUGAAAAUGGUAAACGAAGAACGCCUUUUGGAAGUUGAAGUCGAAGUCGGAAUGGUUGAUGGCCAAGAGAGCAUCUGGACUGCUGAGGGUGAACCACAUAUGGACGGCGAUCCGGGUGAUCUUAAACUCAGAAUUCGCACAAUGCCACAUCCAGUGUUCGAACGACGUGGCGAUGAUCUCUAUACAAACAUUACAAUUAGUCUACAGGACGCAUUGACUGGAUUCACGGUAGAAAUUCCACAUCUCGAUGGUCACAAAGUAGUCGUUACACGAGAAAAAGUCACUUGGCCAGGUGCUCGUAUCCGUAAGAAGGGCGAAGGUAUGCCAAACUACGAGAACAACAACCAGAAGGGAGUUCUUUACAUCACAUUCGACGUUGAGUUCCCAAAACAAGAAUUUACGGACGAAGAAAAGGAAAGUGUGCGGAAUUUAUUGAAGCAAGAUGCCAACAAUCGAGUGUACAAUGGCCUUCAUGGAACGUAAACAUGCCAAUUGCUGUCACCCGUUUCGUUUUUUUCAAAUUAUGUUUCGUAAUUUAGGUGCACAUCUUUGUAAUUUAGUCGACUUUAGUGAAGAAGAGAAAAAAAAACAAUUGAAAGUCGCAUAAACAAAAAAAUGAAUCAUGUGUUUGAUUCCAACCGAUGAACUCUGAUGAAUUGCAUUAGAUUCAUUAACAAACAAUGUAAAUAAUAGAUAAUAUUAAGUGAAAAAAAAACCAACCACAACAAAACAAAAAUAAAAUAUGUCUUUCAAAGCUCAAA